CGAGCCUACAUCGCGAACGUGGCCAUGGCAGCUCCUCCAACGUACAGCUCCGUCGUCGGCUUCUUCUACAACUUGAAUCUCAUUGUCGGCAGCGGUUUUCUCGGCAUACCAUUCGUACUCUCUCGUUCUGGUCUGCUGGCUGGCGUACUAACGUUGCUCGUCGUCGCGUUUUUUUCUGGUUUGACUGCGAGAUGGAUUUUGGAGACGAUGUAUAGAGGACAGUUAGUCUUACGUCGAUCGGACGACCACAACAUCUCGUCCGAUCCUCAGAGCAACGACGGACAACUACCACCCAAACUGGAAGUCGGUCAACUGUGUGGGAUGUUUGCCGGCACGUGGGCUCGUUUCGCAUACGACAUCUCGAACUUUGUGUACGCGUCACUCGCCCUGUGGGCGUACGGGACGCUCGCCGGUAGCGCAUGGGCGACCAACAUUCCAUUCGACACGUCCACACUCGGUCAGUGCACCGACGCCGACUUUCGAGGUCAUCAACAUCCGGCGACCAACGAAUGCUGGAACAGUUACGCUCUCUGUGUCUUACUAUUUGGCUUCGUUGUUGUUCCAUUGUCGUGCGUUGAAAUCAAUGAGCAAAAGAUUGUGCAGCUGGUGCUGGGCGUGGUGCGUCUCCUCAUGAUCGUUUCGAUGUCGAUUUACGCGUUGGUCGGGGAGAUUGAGCAUCCGGAUUGUGUGCAAACAGCAGCGCCAACAACAAAGACGACCGUUGGUACUGAUCACACAAAUCACACACAUAACGCGACAGUCAACGAGUGUGAGGAUGUGUGGCUGUCUUUUCAUCUUCGCGGAUGGAUUCUUGUCUUUCCUAUUAUUACGUAUGCACUCUUCUUGCAUCUCGGUAUUCCGACUCUGACUCACCCGAUAAAGGAUAAGAAGAAUGUGGGUACGAUGAUGACGAGUCUUUUUCUUGCCUGUACGUUUCUCUAUCUUCUCAUUGGAAUCUCUGUGGCUGUACGAUACAAGGAGAACGUCGUGGAGACGUGCACUCUUACAUGGGCUCCUUUCACAAAAUCUGGUUCAUUUAUCAAGAGAUUCUAUGCCUAUCUUGUUGUCUUAUAUCCAUCGCUCGACAUCUGUUCCGCCUACCCCCUCAUGGUCACCAUCCUGAGCAACAUCUUCAUAACCGACUACGAACUUCUCACCAAAAACGUGUCUACAAAGUCGAUGCGCGUCGUCAGCCGUUUCCUCAUUGCCACUACGCCGCUCAUCGGUUCUUUGUUCAUCUCAAACCUCGUGCAAGUCACGACGUACACGGGCGUCUUCGGUUGCAUUUCCUGCUACCUCUUCCCGGCUCUCAUUCAGUAUCGGUCUAGGAGGUUUAUUCAGAAUCUCGGACAUAUCAACGAGUCGGAGAUUCCACGCAGUAGUGACGAGGAGGACACUUUGUUGUUUCGAAAGGACACAAGACCGGUCGGUGACAAGGACACUCCGUAUACGACCAUUUUCAGUGGUGAUGUCAUGGUCUUUGUUGUUGCUGUGUUUGGCGUGUGGGCAACCGGUACGACCAUCGCGUCUUGGGUUGACAAAUGAUCGACAGCAAAUGACACACACGAUGCAUAGCUGGUGCUUGAGUUGUGAUGCGAUGAGUGGUUGGUGGGGUGACGUCAUGAAUUAAUGGCUUGCCACGUAUUGUACUGUAUGAGCUGAUUUUUUCAUAGAUCACUAAAGGUUGUGGCUGUGAAUGUGUUUGCAAUUUUUAUGCUUGGAACAGUAGCGUAUGCUCAGAAAUUAGUCCGUGUUUGAUAUCAUAUAUCACUCAGAGUCUGUCAUGUUGAGCUUGCUCUAACAAUAGAACAUUAAUAAUUAUUACGAAGUUAGAGACACCCAAGCUGUUGGAUUAGAGAGUUGCUCUGAAAUAUGGUCUGUUGACACUCACAGUAGAUAAAAUGUUGAUCUCAACUCAGUUGGUAAUGUUAAUAUCAAC